UCCAACUCCACCGCCCCUCCCCCCAGUCUCCUCCCUCCGCUCCGGUGACUGCAAGCCGGGCGGCUGAGCCGGAGUCGUCGCAGCCACCUCAUUGCACAACCCGGCUUCCCAACUGUUUACACAGCCCGGCCUGUGAGUGUGUGUGUAUACAGCGUGAGUCACCGGGAGGCGGAGGAGGUGGAGGAAAAGGAGAAGGAGGAGUGCACUGGCCGGGAUCAGUGCGGCGCACACACUCACUCACACUCAGUCACUCUCUCCGAGCGCGUCUCGCUUACACACACGCCCGGAGCCCCGGAGCGCGUAGGAUUCCGGGCGCCACGGAAAAGUUGCUCCGGCUUUUGCUCGAGACUAAUUGCUUUGGGAAGUGCAUUUGCUCAGUGGCUCCGCUGAGCCUGCGGGAUCCUGUCCUCACGGCUAAGAACCCCGGGAACGCAGGCCGCUUCGCCUCGCCUCUGCCUUCGGGACGGUCGGCAGCCUCGGCAACAAUAGCGGCGGCCGCUCCCAGCGAGGCUCCGCGAACCGGUGCCAUCAGAGUUCCGGAGACCCGAGCCGGCCUUCGACCCCCACAUUCACUGCCAGCGUGGUCUCCGCGUGCAACGCGAGCGCAGAGAAGCGACUCCCGCUUUGCCCCUCGUGGGGCCCGAGCCAAGCCGGAUCUGCAAACUCCAUCCCGCGGGCUGGAAGGAGUCGCAGCGCCGGCGUCAAGCCCGCAGCACCUUCCUGCGCCGAGCAGGGGACGUACCAAGCCGGGGCCGCCCCGGCCGCGGACGCGAUGCGGGUUGGCCCCGUGCGCUCUGCCAUGAGCAGCGCCUCGCAGCCCCGCGGUCCGGCCCUGCUCCUCCCGGCCACUCGGGGCAGCCCGGCCAAACGCCUGCUGGACGCCGACGACACGGCGGCGGUGGCUGCCAAGUGCCCGCGCCUCUCCGAGUGCUCCAGUCCCCCGGACUACCUCAGCCCCCCCGGCUCGCCCUGCAGCCCACAGCCCCCUCCUGCCGCGCCGGGGGCCGGCGGCGGCUCCGGGAGCGCACCGGGGCCCAGCCGCAUAGCCGACUACCUGCUGCUGCCCCUAGCCGAGCGCGAGCAUGUGUCCCGGGCGCUGUGCAUCCACACCGGCCGCGAGCUGCGCUGCAAGGUGUUUCCCAUUAAACACUACCAGGACAAAAUCAGGCCUUACAUCCAGCUGCCAUCGCACAGAAACAUUACUGGCAUCGUGGAAGUGAUCCUUGGGGAAACCAAGGCCUACGUGUUCUUUGAGAGGGACUUUGGGGACAUGCACUCCUAUGUGCGAAGCCGGAAGAGGCUGCGGGAAGAGGAGGCUGCCCGGCUCUUCAAGCAGAUUGUCUCUGCUGUUGCCCACUGCCAUCAGUCGGCCAUCGUGCUGGGGGACCUGAAGCUUAGGAAGUUCGUCUUCUCCACGGGGGAGAGAACCCAGCUCAGACUGGAAAGUCUGGAAGACACGCACAUCAUCAAGGGCGAAGACGAUGCUCUGUCAGACAAGCAUGGCUGCCCAGCCUACGUGAGUCCCGAGAUCCUCAACACCACCGGGACCUACUCCGGGAAGGCAGCGGACGUUUGGAGCCUAGGGGUGAUGCUCUACACCCUUUUAGUCGGACGAUACCCCUUCCAUGAUUCGGACCCUAGUGCCCUUUUCUCCAAAAUCCGACGCGGACAGUUCUGCAUUCCCGACCACAUUUCCCCCAAAGCCAGGUGCCUCAUUCGCAGCCUCCUGAGACGAGAGCCUUCCGAGAGACUCACUGCUCCUGAAAUCUUACUCCAUCCCUGGUUUGAGUCUGCCCUGGAGCCUGGGUACGUUGACUCAGAAAUAGGAACUUCAGACCAGAUUGUUCCAGAGUACCAGGAGGACAGUGACAUUAGUUCCUUCUUCUGCUAAUCCCCAAAACCUCAGAAACCUCAUAAUUCUCACUCAUGGCAUUUCCAUUUCUAAAGAUGGACGGGCCCUCUGGCAUGGUGCCAGCCAGAUUCUGAACUGCACCAAGGUUGUCUCCGCAGAACUCACCGUGGGACCCUCUCUUCUUGGUUGGGAGGAAUGACUUUUUUGAUUUGAGCAGCAUACACCGGUUGACUUACCUGCAAAGUCGUUCCCUUCUGUACAAACCACCCUCGGCUAUGUCUUUGUCAGAUUUGUGGGUUCUGUAUCUUUUAAAGAUCGCCAAGAGUAUAGCACAGACAUCCCACAUGUGUGGUCAAGUGUAAUGAACUUGAACAUUCACACAAUGGCAUUUUGGGCAAUAACCAUAUUUUAAUAGGGUGGCAAAUAAUUUUGGGUCAAUAGCCUGCCAUAUUUGAACUCCUUGGUAGCUGGACUUAUCACUGCAGUUUCUCUGAUCAGAAAGUUCUAUGUUGGUUUGUUGUAACAUCCAUCCUUGCUUCACGGUCACACUUACCAAUGACUCGACUCUGCUGUCUGAGCAGACUGAGGAGCUCAGGAGCCUGCCUGAACCCUGAUCCCACUCUCCUCCUACCCUGCCGCAACCUCACAUGCAAUAAUGCCUUGUCCCUGACCUUGAAACUUGCCCCCUGCAGCUAUGAAAGCACUUGCCAGCCAAUCAUGGAAAAGUGUCAAAAAAUGCAAACUCUUGGCUAUUCCAGAACUCUGAGCUCCAACAGAGACUGCCAUUUAAAAAAAAAAAAAACAAUUUGAUCACUUGGAAACGGUUAGCAUUUUCAGUUUUUUCCAGUGUGCUGGCGCUUAA